CGCCACCUGGAGGCCAAACAAACGUUCAUAAGCAUUAUCUUGAAUGCUCACAGCAUCUAAGCACACGAUUUCUCCAAGGAAAACAUAAAUUGAUACUAAAAGCAGUUGAUAUUGAAAGAUGGAAUACGGUUGAAUGUUCGUACAAUUGACUGGAAUGGGUCUGUUUACUCAGAGUCCGCUUUUGUUAACAGACAAUUCAUUUCUAGUGACCGGCUCAUAACCAUUCCAGUGAUUCUUUGAAGUCUUUCAACUGUUCAACAUUGAUUUCCAUUUUUCGAUUUUUAAUAUUGAAGUGGCGUUACUGUUAGUCUAAUCUGUCAUGAAAAUGCACUGCACCACAUUCAUUUUUGGAGUUAUUUUAUUUAAAGUUUCUUGCGGAAUACAACAUUACACAGAUCAGUGGGCCAUUCAUUUGACAGGGGGUGAGAGAGCUGCAAAAGAUCUUGCUCUAAGACAUGGCUUUGCUUAUGUUUCUGAGAUAAUGCCAGACUACUAUGUUUUCCAACACAGAAAAGUUGCCAAACGAUCAGUGUAUUCCAGUUCUUCCUACCAUAGAACCCUAGCACAAGAAUCAAAUGUACAUUGGUUAGAACAGCAAGUUGUAAAGAAGAGGGUAAAAAGAGACAUUUAUUUUCCACAUAACUAUGAGUUCAAUGAUCCAAAGUGGUCCAGAAUGUGGUACUUGAGUCGAGGAGGAGGUUUGGACAUGAAUGUAAGAAGUGCUUGGGAGCAGGGUGUGACUGGUAAAGGGGUGGUGGUUACCAUUCUAGAUGAUGGAAUAGAGAAAGAUCACCCAGACUUACAAACUAACUAUGAUGGACAAGCAAGUUAUGAUGUCAACAAUCAUGAUCCAGAUCCUCAACCAAGAUAUGAUUACACCAAUGAAAAUAGACAUGGUACCAGGUGUGCUGGUGAGGUGGCCGCACAAGCUGAUAACCAUAUGUGUAGUGUUGGAGUAGCAUAUAAUGCCAAAAUUGGAGGAGUGAGGAUGUUAGAUGGGGAUGUGACAGAUUCAGUGGAAGCCACAUCUCUGAGUCUUAACCAACAACACAUCCAGGUCUACAGUGCAAGCUGGGGUCCAGAUGAUGAUGGAAGGACUGUUGAUGGGCCAGCCACACUUGCCAGAAAAGCGUUUUUUGAUGGUAUUACAAAGGGAAGAGGAGGUUUAGGCUCCAUAUAUGUUUGGGCCUCUGGAAAUGGAGGUCGAGACGGGGACAGCUGUAAUUGUGAUGGGUAUACAAACAGUAUUUACACCCUGUCAAUCAGUAGUGCGACAGAGUAUGGAAACAUUCCAUGGUAUUCAGAGGCAUGCUCUUCCACAUUAGCAACGACAUAUAGCAGUGGUUCAGGAGGAGAGAAACAAAUAGUCACUACUGACUUGAGAAAGACUUGCACAGAAACUCACACAGGAACAUCAGCAAGUGCCCCAUUAGCUGCUGGACUCGUAGCACUUGCCUUGGAAGCCAAUCCUGGAUUAACAUGGAGAGACAUGCAACAUAUUGUAGUACACACUGCCAAAAAAGCCAACUUGAAAGCUGAUGACUGGAUUGUUAAUGGCGUUAACAGAAGUGUAAGUCAUUCCUUUGGUUAUGGUCUUAUGGAUGCAGGUGGUAUGGUCAGACUAGCCAGAAACUGGACAAAGGUGCCUCCACAGCACAUAUGUGAAAUCAGAUCAAGAGAUGUCGAUAAACCUAUUCCAAUGAAUGGAAAAAUAACAGUAUAUCUAGACACAGAUGGUUGUGAAGGGGUGUUGGACCAUGUGAAAUAUUUAGAACAUGUCCAGGCCAGGAUUACAUUAACUGCCUCUCGGAGAGGAGAAAUACAGAUCUUCCUGAUCUCUCCGAUGGGAACCAGAUCUACACUGUUGGCCAGGCGUGCUCAUGAUAACUCCAGAGAAGGUUUUAACAACUGGGCUUUCAUGACUACACAUAGCUGGGGAGAAACGGCUAAGGGAACAUGGAUACUUGAGAUAGAAAAUGGAGCUAGUUCUUUCCGGGGAGCUAAGUUAAAGGAUUGGGUGCUUGUCUUGUAUGGAACGAAGCAACAUCCACAGGAGCCAACCAAAUCACGAACUAAAAAAAAUAAUGACUACAACCCCUAUACUCAGAAUUACUAUGAUAACCCUGUUUAUCCAAAAUCUCAAGUACAUAAACAACCUUAUAAUUAUAAUCCAGAAAGAAAUUACGAUCCUUAUAGGACUCGUUACCAGCAUAACUAUCCUAAUAACAAUGAUCCAUAUGAUCAGCGAUUUUAUCAGCGAAAACCUACAACCACAUCGUCAACUACUUCUACCACGACAACCACCACCACCACCACUACUGAAGCUCCAUUUCUGGCCAAGUCAAGCAAUAUAAAUAGACAUGUUUAUCCAAACUCGCACUACAAUGAUCCUUUCUUUCAAAAUCAUAAUUUCCCAAGCAAGGACCACAUGUGUAUUUUUGAAACGUUGGCUAAAAAGAAAAACAUGUCUGCUCAGCAAUACAUGAGGAUGGUACGAGAAAACAUGACUCCAGCUCAGUUAAAACAAUGGAGCUUGGUAAUGAGGGGAACUCUAACACAUCCUCAGAAAAAGAAUGAUUCCACUCCAUCAUAUAUGCCAAUUCAACAACCAUUUAAAUGUGCGGGCAUCACAAAUAAUGGAGUGUGUAUAGAGUGUAAGCCAGGAUUUUAUAGAUACGGAGAAGGAUGCGUACCAAACUGUCCUGACCAUUAUUAUGGAGAAAUGGAAACAGUUUUAGUAGGAAACGGUGGAAAUACUUCUUCCAAGUCCUCAUCAUACAACAGACAUGGAGUCUGUAAAAAAUGUAACGCUGCCUGUAAGACAUGUAAGGGGCCUUAUGUGACUGACUGUUACCAGUGCAGUAAUGGUUAUGAAGUGAGGGACGGUCAGUGUCACAAAAAACCUUUGAUGAACUUCCUUGAUCCAGAUAUGCUGAGCUUUUUUGUCUGGGUUAUAAUACUAUGCACCUCGUUAAUAUUACUGUUUGGUGUUGUAUUUAUAGUGUUACAGGCAAGGGACCAUAGGAUUCUUUGUUGGAAAGAAAAAAGACAUUAUGAUGAUUCAAAGGGAAAAUAUAACGGUAUAACAGUUAAUCUGUCAGCAGGACAGGAGAGUGAUAGCGAACAUAUAGAACAUGUUUUACAAAACAGACACACAAAUAAUUUAAAUACGUGUAAUAUAUAUCAUAAUAAUUAUACACACCAACAUGCAUAGCGCAUGUUCAGUGGUAGUGUUGAUGAUUGUCUGUGUGUGUCUGUAUGUGUCAGCUCAAAAGUGUAAUUAUGAUUAUGUCAAUUUAAUUCAUGUUGCCAGUUGUCAAAAUUUGUUUAUUCAUUUUUGUAUUUUAAUUUUUGUUUAUGAAUGUUAAAUAGAUGGAAGUGAGAUCCUAGUUAGGUUAUGUAUAAAAUAUAAUGUAGAUUGAAUGUUGGUAAAAGUUGAAUUUAAUAUUAUAUAUAAUUUGCAAUUGUUCUUUGAGGAGUUGUUAAUGUACAAAAAAUUACUAUGAACUGUCUCAUUUACUUUAAAUGGCAUUAUAUAUUGGGUCUAAGGUUUCAUUUUCAAUUCUUUUGAUUUUUCCUAUAUUGUUUAUUGCGAUACAAAAUUGUAGUUAAAUGAAAAAUGCCUGAAUUUUGUGAAAAAUACCUGAAUUCAGUUCCAUUUUUAUCCUGUUAACAAAAAAAUCACCAAAGCCUGGCCUCUUAUAUUACUGAAGGGUCACUUUAAAGGCGGGUAUAAAUUUUGUGCAUCAAUUGAUCACAGUUUUUGGUUAUAAGCUAAAUCCAAAAUGGCAGUCUAGACUUGCAAAACUUUUGAUAAAUCUAGGUAAAAAACCUUAAUUGAUCAUUUGCAAUUUGCAAUUAAAGAAUAUUGUUGUGAUUGAAUUUUAGGAUGUAAUAAGAUGAUCUUAAAUUUAUAAGUCAUGUUUUAGGAUGUAAUAAAAUUAUCUUAAAUUUAUAAGUCAUGUAAUCAUGUUAUACAAAGUAAAGCAAACCCCAUCUGGUGUAGGUAACUAGAAUUACACACUAACAUAGUGAGACCAUUUUCUGUAAUUAUAGAUAAAUAUAAAUGUCAAAAUUCGAACAUUGACAUAUGAUCUUGUUUCCUAAUUUUCUUUGUGUCACCAUACUUGUUUAAUAAAAGCAAAAUCAGACAUUACUGAUAGUAACAUGUCAUCCUAUUGAUUAUGAGGUUAAACAUAAACAAAAUAACUGCUGUCAGGAAGAAGUUUACUGAAAUCAUUGUAAAGUAUCUUGGCUUGUAUUAUUGGACUUUCUGAGAUACUUAGGAUUCUUGUCGCUACCUUCUAAAAGGCAGUUUUUUUAUGUAUACAUCUGUGUUUGAAUAGAUAUACCAAAACAAUACAGAAAAAAAAAUGUUUUCUUAGGGUCUUCAUUGUCAGAACUAUUUUCAUCCAAAUUAAUAUAAACAUUUUGAAUUCCAUUUUAACCUUUGCACUUUUUUCAGUCAUACUUGGCAUUAAAAGUGUAUGAUUUUAUUUGCUUUAUAAGUGUAGGUUGUACAUUUCAUUAGAUUGAUUGUAAUUAAAGCUCAAUAAGAUGUAUUAUAAUUGUGACUUGGGAACAAACCAUUUUGUAAAUAUUUUUGUGAUGUUUUAUUGCAAUGUUUCAGACAGGGAUCACUUAAUUCUUUAUUUUGUUUUGAUUUGUUAUUUACUAUUUAUUGAUAUUGGUAAUCCUGCUGUUUAGCUUAGAAGAAAUAAUCUCCUUGUGUUAUAGUCAUUUCUGUAAAAAGAAAGCAGGUGUAAUUGUUCUACUUUUUAGAAAAUUAAGAAAGAGAUAUCUAAUGAUCUUGGAAAUAAAAUUUUUGAAAAAAUUAUAUGAAUGUAGAUAUGAAAACUUUGGCAUGUAAAUUUUUUAGCCUGAAAAUCAUGUUCCUUUCAAGCACUUUAAGUUUUAUGUAACUAAGAAACAGUGUCCCUAUUAUAUUUGGUUGUGAAUCUUUACUUGCUGCUGUUAGACUUGGUAUUUAUUACAAAGCCUUCUUAGUACUUAACAGGAGGGAAAUAUUCACUUGAUGAAGUACUGCUUAGAACAAAAUCAUGUAACACUUGUUAUUUGCAGAACUGUGACUAACUGACUGUAUUGUUCUUCUUGCUAAAGUAUUUGUAUUAACGUAAGGAAAUGCCAUUCAUCUUAGUAUCAGAACACAUUGGCAAUUUCUACUUACAGUUCUCUUUAUUAUGAUUUUUCAAAACUUAGUUUGGACUUCCUCUAGCUACCUGUAUUGUUAAUUGGAACUACACACAUAUAAUAUGAUAUAAAAAUAAGGAGAUGUGGAAUGAUUACCAAUGAGACAACUAUCCAUCCAAGUUCAAAUGAAGUGGAUGUAAGCAAUUAUAGGCAACCGUACAGCCUUCAACAAUGAGAAAAACCCAUACCGUCUAGUCGGCAUGUUAUCUAGUUUUUUCAGCUUUUGCAGUUCUGCAUCACAAAAUUUAUAAGGAAUUUUAGUACAGUUAUUAUCAGAUAAUGUUUGUAGAAAAUGUUAAAUUUUAGCAGAUGUCAUUAUGCCUCAAAGCUACCUCAGUUUUAAUCAUACUCGUAUAUAGCAUGAUAUCAUUAGAUUGAUAUUACUAUUUCACUCUGUAAGAAGUUUAUAACCUAUACAAUAGUUGUAACAGUGGGCUAUUCUGUCAGGAUAUAAACUGCCAAAUGUUGUUUACAGAAAAUUAAACCAUUAACAAUUUUAGGUUUAAGUUGUUAAUUUUAAGACCACCACUUUGAGAAAAACUCUGAUAUAUGUAUGCUGUGCUUGGUUUAUGAAGGCUAUGCUAAAAUAAAAGUGUUAGGGAUAGGGAACCAAUUAUAAAGCUUUGAAUAGCUUCAAAUCAUGUAAUAGUGUUUAUACUGUGCUUUUACCCAUGUCAAAUCCUUACAAUGAAAUGAAAUGACCACAAGUGUUCACUUGUUCAAGAUGACAAGCCAAAGAAAGGAGUUACAUAUUUUUUCUGUAAUAUUUAUUAUGUUGCUAUGGUAAUGUGAUAAUGUAAAUACUUAUUGCUUGCCUUGUAAAUGCUGACCUUCAGAAUAUAAACCAUUAGAUACAAAGAAACAGACAAUGUUUAUGUCUACUAAGGAUUAUGUUUUUUGUAUUUGUCUAAUUAACAUUUCCUAACUGAUGACACGUUUAUAGUUGAUUUUUGUUCAACAUUAUUUGUAUUACUUUUGGUGUAGAAUUAUUCAUUGCUAUGAAAAUUAUCAGGGAAACAUUUUACCUUUCUCAUAACAUAUUGAGUAAUUCACCUUUUUAGAACUUUUAAAAGAUAUGGAUAAUUUCAUUGUUUAUAUAUUAGAAACUACUGUUACCCCAUUGUUUGGUUCUGUAAUGAAAUCACUGUUACAAAUCACCAUAUUUUGAUGUACACUUGUGAUAUUUUAUCCAGAAUGUUAUAGAUUUUCUUAUACUGAAUUAAUGAAUCUUGUAAUAAAGCACAAAUUUAUGUACUGUACAAUUAACAGGGAAACAUGAAAAUCUUUCCUGAAUGAUGUCAGAUUACAUCUGAUAAAUUUUUCAUGGCAAUCUUACUUACAGUUUUACAAUGAAAUAAUGAAUACACUAAUAUAGUAUAUGUUUCAAUAGAAAGAAAAGACAAAAGAUGGCUCUAUCUUGGGCAAAAUCUGUCCAGGAGAUGUUAUUCUCACAAUUUUUAUGCAAGUGGAACAGUUAAUAACCCCCUCACUUAUAUUUUCAUCUUAACAGUAUUAUGGCAGGAUAAAUUGUAUUGUAAACUUCAGCCACAAUCCUACAAUUUUAAGAUAAAGCAAAAAGUUUGUUGAUAGAAAAUGUAAUCCUGACAAAUGUCUGAGGAAGGUACAAUGUAUCAUUGUUUAUGCACAGUUCAAUAUAGUUAUCUCAGGGUUUCCAUGGUAACCUGGGCACAUUUUUGUUUUGUUUUGUUGCAUCUAGUCAUUUUCUUUACUACUUACAUUCAAUACAUGGGGUCUCCAAUGGACUUUUAGUCUGCAAAUAAAAUUACCAGAAAGUUAACAAAAAAAGUAAAAUAGUUCUGUAUUUAGUCUUUCUACAAUAUUAUUUUUGGUAACAUAACUUUUGCAGAUUUUCUAUGUAAAUUUAUCAAUGAAAAUUUAACAGAAAUCUAAUAUGAUAGCAAGUACAUUUGAAAUCAUGAUAAUAUUUGAUUAAUAACAAGAGUUUACUGGAUCCCCAUGUUUGGCUGACUUAGACAAUCAUUAUAUAUAUAUUGUACCACCAGAACCAACCAAGCAAUAUUUAUACUCUUAUGUUAUGAUGCAUGGUGAUUUUUCAAUAAGUUAUAAUUGUAUGAUGAGAAUAAAUGAUACAAAUAAAACCAUUUACCACCGUUGUUUGGUGUAUUAACAAUACAAAUAAAACCAUUUACCACCGUUGUUUGGUGUAUUAACAAUACAAAUAAAACCAUUUACCACCGUUGUUUGGUGUAUUAACAAUACAAAUAAAACCAUUUACCACCGUUGUUUGGUGUAUUAACAAUACAAAUAAAACCAUUUACCACCGUUGUUUGGUGUAUUAACAAUACAAAUAAAACCAUUUACCACAGUUGUUUGGUGUAUUAACAAUACAAAUAAAACCAUUUACCACCGUUGUUUGGUGUAUUAACAAUACAAAUAAAACCAUUUACCACCGUUGUUUGGUGUAUUAACAAUACAAAUAAAACCAUUUACCACCGUUGUUUGGUGUAUUAACAAUACAAAUAAAACCAUUUACCACCGUU